UUAACUUUCUCUUGACCUCGCUGUCAGAUUAUAGACUUCGCAUAUUUUCAGUCGUUUUAGAUGAAAUAUGAUCUUCGGUUUGCCUUCACGUCGGUCUCCCGAUGAAUGAAUAACUAGCUGAGCUCAGAGCCGGGAUGUGUGCGUUGAGACGGCUGCACAGAAGCGUGCGGACCCUUCGUGGAUCCUUCACCCGUGGAUCGCUCACUUGCACCGCGGUGACACAAUGGCAGCCAGGCCGAUGUGGAGGUCUGACUUUCUGCCAGAAGCUGAGCACCGGUGGAGCCUUACGGAGCGACUUCCUUAAAGACCUGGGAGCCCAGUUGGCAGCGGCGAAGAAGAAGGCGGCAGACAGUCUGCCGGGCAGCAACUGGACGCCCUUCGAGAUCAACCCCAGCCUCCCCCCUGAGACGGCGGACAUCGUGAUCGUUGGCGGUGGCGUGAUGGGCUGGUCCAUCGCCUACUGGCUGAAGCAGAAAGAGAGGUUCUCCAAAGACAUGCGAGUCCUCGUUGUAGAGAGGGACCCAACAUAUUCCCAGGCCUCCACCGUUCUGUCUGCAGGAGGAAUCCGCCAGCAGUUCUCCCUGCUGGAGAACAUCCACCUCUCCCUGGAGUCUGCAGACUUCAUGAGGAACAUCAACGAGCAUCUCAGCGUUGUGAAUGAAGAUCCGGUGGAUCUGCAGUUCAACCAGUCGGGAUACUUGUUCUUAGCCAGCGAGGCGGUGGCUCACGUCAUGGAGCAGAACUACAACACCCAGAGGUGUGCGGGAGCCAAAGUUUCCCUCUUCUCUCCGCAACAAGUGAAGGAGAAAUUUCCGUGGAUAAACACAGAGGGCGUGGCACUGGCUUCAUACGGGCUGGAGAACGAGGGCUGGUUCGACCCCUGGACUCUCCUGAACGCCUUCAGGAGGAAGGCCAUGUCCAUGGGGGUCAUUCAGUGCUUUGGGGAAGUCGCAGAUUUUAAACACAUGAAACAAGUUAUGAUGACAAAAAAUGGGGAACAAAUGGAAAGGAGGACAAUAAAAUCUGUCAAAGUGCAGAUGCCGAACAGCCUGGAGUACCAGCCGGUGGACUGUGCCCUUGUUGUGAACGCAGCCGGAGCGUUUUCUGGGAAACUGGCAGAGCUGGUGGGAAUCGGCCUCGACCCCAAAGACUCCCUCGCUGGAUUUUCAGUCCCUGUGGAACCUCGGAAGAGGUAUGUGUAUGUGGUUCACUGUCCUGAUGGCCCAGGCCUCGACUCUCCCUUCUUAAUCGACUAUUCAGGAGUUUAUUUCCGGAGGGAAGGUUUGGGAGGAAACUACAUCUGUGGAGUGUCGCCGGAGGAGGCGGAGGAGCCGGACACCAGUAAUCUGGAGGUGGACCAUCAGUUUUUUGAAGACAAGGUUUGGCCCAAAUUGGCCAAUCGAGUUCCAGCUUUUGAGGAACUAAAGGUGACCAGCGCCUGGGCCGGUUUCUACGACUACAACACGUUCGACCAGAACGGCAUCAUCGGCAUUCACCCUCUGAUCAACAACAUGUACUUCGCCACCGGCUUCAGCGGCCACGGCCUGCAGCAUUCGCCGGCGGUGGGCCGCGCCGUGGCGGAGCUCAUCCUGGACGGAGAGUUCAAAACGCUGGACCUGAGCGGAUUAAGCUUCCAGCGCAUUCUGAUGCAGGAGCCUAUGCUGGAGCGGAACAUUGUGUAGAAACGGCUCCAAUUAGGAAAAGUCGAGUCUUAUUUUUUUAUUCAGUAUCCUGUAAGGAAGACGCUCCAGCUUUGGAAAUAUAGGGAACACGUGUUUUUUUUUUUUUUUUUUACAUUUAUAUGCCUUUUUCUUAAUUUUUUCAGUGCAUAUAAAUCACGACUGACAAACCAACAAACAUUGCAGGCAUGUGCAAAAGUGCCAGUUGCACCAAAACCUUUACAAUCUUGUGUAAAAGGAACAGCAAAUAUUGUCAUUUAAAAACUUCUAUGUCGAAAACUGAACUUUUUUUCUUGCUAAAAUCCAUAAAAGUGAAAGCAGCAGAAAGGGGCUGCACCAUAACACCAAGAAGGAAAACCAGCAACAACGACUUCAGCAAUACAACUGUUGUCACUCUGGGAAGAGUUGUAAGGACGUUUCCAAACUGUAGGAGUCCAUCGUUCUACACAGAUAAAUAUUGACGAGUGUCAGUUUCCUUUAAAUUAUGCCAAAGUACAAUGCUCAAAGAAAUGGUGACGGUUCGUAUGUUAAGAUGUUGAAGUUAAUUACAGGACAGUUAGAAAAAUUCUCCAUAAAGUGGUACUUCAUUAAUAUUGUGAGGAUUUACGUUGUAAAUAAUGUUUUGCACUUUUGACCUACAGUGCUUUUCAGAAACUGUGCACCAGAAGGCGCUAUUUAUCCAUUUAAUCACUUUUAGAGUUUGUCCUAGCUAACGUUGCAUUUAUUUUACAGCUAGUUUUAAGACUCUUGAAGACCAAGGAGACGGAAACGUCUCCGUGUUUUGUUUUACUAGGUUCAUAUGUUGUAUCUUGAUGUCCAAAAGUUGAAAAGGUCUUAUUUUUAUCUUCUUCUACUGCUGCCAGGCCCAGGGCAUGUUUGUAAAUUAUAUUUUUAAUCUUGAUAAGUUUAUUUUUCUCCUGGUGAAAUAAAAAGUACU